GAAACCAAACUAUAAUGCACAGUGUAACAGAAAAUUAGAAAUCAAUAAGACCUGAGAUUAUAUUGGUAUAAAACGAUAAGAAUUGCACAUACAGACAACAUGUGUUGCAUUUCUGUUGAAGAUAGUUUUAGAUUUAGACAGAAAAGUCCCGUGCAAGUUCUGAUAGUAUCAUUGAUAACCAAACAUGAAGUCGCGGUAUGUAUUCUGCGUUUUUCUCUGUCUAGUCAUUCGAUUCUCCUCUGCGUUUGGCGUUCAUAUCGCAGACACGGACAUUACUGUCCAAUUUCUCCUCAAAGAGUUUCAGUCUUUACGUGACCGAGUAUCUGUAUUAGAAAGUUUCAUUGAAAAACAAACGGAAUUAAUUCAGGUUCAGAAUGACAAGAUAGGUAAACUUGAAUCUAUAGUCAAGUCGGGGACAAUUAAUGAGGUUGAUUUAGAGGAGACGAACUAUUCACUUAGUGAUAUUGAAGAUGGAGCUAACCAGUCACGUGAUAACAACACUAAGACAAAACACUUAGCAUUAGAUAGAAAAAAUUACCCUACGUCGUUUAUCCCACAUAGGAUUCCACAGCAACGAAAGCUAAAAAGAGGAGUACGACUGGCUGAAGUACAACCGAUAGCAUUUUAUGCCUACAUGAGUAGUGAUUUACAAAAUCCUGGAGGACAUCACACAUUAAUCUUUGACAUCACUAAGACAAACGAAGGCAGUGGAUAUCACGCACAUCUGGGUGUGUUUAUGGUUCCUAAAUCUGGAACCUACUUCAUGUCGUGGACCAUGGGUCUCUGGAUCUCAUCCUAUCAUUCUACAGAACUAGUGGUAAACAAUCAGGUACACGGUGCAAUAUACCUUCAUACCAGUGAUGAUGAACGCGACUGUGUUACGGGGAAUCUCAUCCUAAACCUGAACGAACGAGAUGAAGUAUUCAUUAGAACAAGAGAAUCCAGCAACGUUGGAAAGAUUGCUAGUGAUGCAUACGGCAGGACAAGUUUCUCUGGAUUUCUUAUCGAAUAGCAAGCUUCAGUUGAUUUGGUAGAAUAACAGAGCAGUAGAACUUUCCUUCUUGAAUGAAUAUAUACUUCAGUCAUGGGCGUCGCCAUAUUCUCACCACAUGAUAAUUCUAACAUAUACAAACUGAGUUCACAGGAAAAUGAAAUGAUUGAAAUUCAACAACAUUUAGUUUUUUCAGAUUUUACAUUACAAAUGCUUGUUCCUGUAUCUGUAAAUAUUGGAGAAAUUUAUUCAAUUUCGACAUUCUUUGAUGUGUUCUCAUCUACAUAAAUUUUGUUUUAUUGCAUCGAAAAUAAUUUGAUUUCAUAAACACCAAGUUCAAACUUUACAUAAACAAAACACAGUGUUAAUUUAAUACCUUGUACAUUACUAUAAUGUGUAAAGUUGCAUCAUCAGCUAAGAUUUCUAUGUAAGGAUUUACAAAGAAAGGUGAUUAAUGUAGAAUAAAAACAAAAAGUGAUCCAAUAUUGAUACAUGUAAAUGUAUUACUCCUGCGAAGUUAGAUAUGUAGAGGAACCUGCAGUAUAUACAAUGUACACACUUUUGAACAACGAUCAAUUUAAGAAAUUAUAUAAAGAAUAUAAAAUAAAGAGUAGGACAAACAAGGGC